AUGGAUAAAAGAACCAGCCUCUCUAGUAUAUCUAUGCCGGCCACUCCGAUGCCUCGUGCAACCGUGGGGAGUUUACAAAGUGUACGCAGUAAUCGAUCGUUAAGUGCCCCGCCAGAUUUCCGUGUGAAUGACAGACUAGACCGUCUGAUCAAAGCAUUCCAACACUACUAUACCUCACACCCCGUCACAUUAUGCAUUGAAAACAGUCCGGUUGUAAUGAGAGAUCUUCAUCGAUCCCUACAAGAUUUUCCGAAGCACAUAAUUGCCCCGGAUGCACAUUCGAACCCCGAGUUCGGAUAUGGCCUCACAACGACUCAAUUUGGAACAAUUGAUCAAACGUUAUCUGAUGUGGCUCUCCUACGAAUUGCGACCUCAGCCACCGGCGCUGAGCGUCUACGAAGCGAGAUCAUGACUAAUUUGGCCAUUGAAGUUGAAGGCCUUUUGGAGCAACCGUGUGAACAAAUCCUGGAAGAAGAUCAUGUGGAAGAGGAUGAGGCGGCUCGAAUGGAGAAAUCGGCCAAAUUGCAUAAAUUCGCCCGACAAAUUACCAAACAGACAGUGCAAAGACAUUUUGAACAAAAAGAAAACGUUGCGGAGCUUCAGGGCGCCGCAGCUCGGAGUUGGCAUGGAACCCUGUCGCAUGCCGUGGCCCUGCGCACCCUGUUGAAUCGAGCGCUCCCAACGUUGGAUGGUGACGCGAACGCGGAUUUACUGCUCGAUCGUUUCAUAGAGAGGUUGCCGGAAGAUUUGCGACAGGCGGCAUGGAUAAUUAUUCAAGAAAGUUUAGAACGACGUACAGUUGCUCAGAAGGCGGACGAAGUAGAGGAGGAGGAACAAUUCACCGAAGAGACAGACGAUCAACAACAGGAACAGUCCACAUCUCGUAGCGGACGAACACCGAUCAACUGGCGUCAAGAAGAAGACUUGAUUGAUCGUAUCGGUAAAGAUGAGGGUCAGGAAGUGCAAAAACGUAUGCAAGUCGAACGGGAGCGUGUUUUACCGUAUGAGUUUGUGCGUAGCACAUUGGAAAGAAUGGCUGCCGAAUGGGGCGGGAUGGGUCGAGUGAUGAACACCAUUCAUGGUGGAAUCAAGAAAAAACAACCACAGAUUGAUCAGUUGGACAGUUUACUCAAAUCCCGUGAAUGUCGCGUGGGUAUGUUGAACAGUGUGGUCAGUCCACCUUGGGCAUUCUUUUAUCUGAGUGUUCUUUUGGGCACCCCGCGUACGCUGAUGGAACAUUUGGAAACGCUGUUGGAUCCAGACACGUCAGCGGAUAUCUUGAACGGAUUGCGGAUGCAACUGAUUGGCUAUUUGGGAACUGGACAACGGCUGGAUCAAUUCACACAGGAAUUCGGUGCAAUCAAACAAAUGCUCGAGGACAUUCUGACCGGUCGUGGCAUGCCCAAAGAUGCCGCAAAGAAUUUGAUCUAUGAGGCGUUAUCUGACAAUCCGGAUGCGAAACAUCGUAUCGGUCAGUGGGUCUCCAUGCCAGACGCCGAGGAGGUCAUGCACGCAGUUCGAACCUGUAAUCGAGAUCGAGUCCUAGCCCUGUCCACCGCACUAGCCACGGCAAAACGGAUGGAUUUGCCACAAACAAUAGCGGACAGUUUGUUAGAUCGCAGUAAAGAGUCGGCAGAUGCCAGUCUACUGGCUCAGUUAGAUGUAGACGUGAGACGUGUGAUGCAAUACGAUGGUCGUGAUUUGGAGGAACCAGAAGAAACAAGCGUGGGAGAACGAGCUGGUACACAAUUGAAAGUGCAACUGGCAAAACCGAAACGAUCGGAGAUGAAAAAACCGAAGGCAACCACCUUUUUCUCAUCUCCAAGUAGUAGUGACCUGUCCGGGUCGAUUAUGGACAGUCCGGACGAGACAAAACAGGCAACUCCUUUGAAGAAGGGGGCGAAAUUACCAAAGAAAGACAGUGAUCUGAAAACGGGCUCCGAGGCCGCUCGCAGACUCGAGAGUGACACACAUGUGCUGGACGAACAAAAAUUGUCUCGAAAAGCCCGUGCUGGUGUGCCGGUCGUGGAACAAGUGGUAUGCUCUUUCUGUUUCUAUGCCCCUGAUCAUAUUUAUGACCCAUCAACUUCUUUUCGGGGGNGGGGAGGGGCGAUGCAAGAAUUGUUUGAUGAUCAAUAUAAUGAUUGGUUGUCCCGUAUGGUUGAGUUUUCAUUGAUCAUCACCACGCAUCAGACAAGGUGUAACAGAAUAUGUUCAAUUGUAAAGGCUCUUGAUGAUCGGGUGUAG